AUGUUUAAAAAUGAACUUUAUAUUUAUGGCAAGGAAGAUGUUCUUGUUCCAGCCCAUUUGAAUUUUGGCAAGUACAUGUUAGAUAAGUUCAGAAGACACCAGGAAGGAAUGGCCCUGGAAAAUGCAGUAACAGGAGAAACUCUCACAUAUAAAGAACUUACUAGAUACGCUGUUUCUUUGUCUAUUUCAUUAAUAAGAUUAGGAGUAAAAAAAGGUGAUAUAGUUGCAGUUGGAUGCGAAAAACGCAUUGAUUUUAUUCCGACGGUACUGGCUAUAAUAUUUACCGGCGCGACUUACACGCCGUACGAUGUAUAUAGCGGCAGAGCUGUGUUAAAACAUAAGUUGUCAAUUACAUAUCCAAAAUAUUUCAUUCUUUCAAACAAAUUUUGGGACACGCACAAGGAUAUUUUACAAAGUUUCGACUGUAUUAAGAUAUUCAUAUCAUUAGAUGAAGGGCUGAAUGAUGCAGUCCCAGUCAAGGAUUUAAUAACAGAUCGAGUUGAUAUUACAAAGUUUGAGCCUGUUGAAGUAGUCGGGCAAAUUGAUACAGCAUUUAUCUUGUACUCGUCUGGAACCACUGGCAUGCCUAAAGGAGUAGAGUUGACACAUUUAAAUUGCAUUCUUAAUAGCGCUCAAAAUGAGUUUAAAGACGAAUCACUGCAAACAGCUUUUGUGUGCGGAGAAUGGUAUCAUAACUAUGAUACUUUUAUGACAUAUAAAUUUUUAGCUGCUGGAAGAAAAGUUGUAUAUGCUGUUGAUGUCUCAGAAGAAAAUGUAUUAAUGGGUAUGGAUAAAUGCCAAAUUGCAGAUCUUGAAACAAGAAAAACACUUGGACCUAACCAGCCUGGUGAAAUUUGUGUAAAAGGACCUAUAUUAAUGAAAGGAUACAUUGGUAUUGAUUCCUCAAGUUACCUGGAUGAGGAGGGUUUCCUAAAAACUGGUGACUUAGGAUACUACGAUGACGAUGAAUACUUUUAUAUUAUUGAUAGAAUAAAAGAAAUUAUUAACUACAAAGGAUGUAAGAUUGCACCACUAGAAUUAGAAACAAUACUAAUGUCACAUCCAGAUGUUUGCGACGCAGCAGUUGUAGGCAAACCUAUUCCUGAUUAUGGGGAAGUGCCGGCUGCUUUUAUAGUGAAGCAACAGUCAUCAAAUAUUACCGAAAUGGAUUUGAUUAAUUAUGUGGCUUCCGAGGCAAGUAUCAAUCUCAUAUAUUUCGUAGUAUCUCCUCUUAUGCAGCUAAGAGGCGGUGUUCGAUUCAUUGACAAAAUUCCUCGAAACACCAGAGGAAAAAUAUUAAGGCGACGAUUAAGAGAAAUGCUUAAUGAUGAAGAUAAUUAA